AUGUUGAACCGGCAAUGCAGAGCAGCCCUGCAGUCGUCGCAGCGUCUGUACGCCACUUCGCGAUACCAUCUUGCCACUUCCGCCAACUACUCGACCGCUUCCCGUCGCAUUCCUCUGACACCGCUGUCUCUUCGCCACUCGUCUCUCGCCGCAUCGCGUUCGCUUAGUACCACUCCUACCCGCAGGAAAGACGACUCGGCCAAGAAGGUCGAUCCAGAAGAGGAGGCACAAGACCAAGAGAACAAGGAUAACAAGGACCGCAAGGACUCGUUAGACCCUAUCAAGGAAGAAGCACGUGCAAAAGAACCCACACCCAUCCCCGGANGCCUCUGCAGCAGGAGCCGAUGGUGCAGCAGCAGGCGGCGAAAGCGGAAGUGGGGCAGCGGGCGCAAGCGCAAGGGCGGCGAGAAGGGUCUCGUCAAGCCCUCGGUGCCUGACGUCUACCCUCAAGUCCUCGCCAUCCCAAUCGCACAACGGCCGUUGUUCCCUGGCUUCUACAAGGCCAUUACCAUCCGCGACCCCAAUGUCAUUGCCGCUGUGCAAGAGCUGCUCAAGCGUGGCCAGAGCUACGUUGGUGCCUUCUUGCUGAAAGACCCCGAUUCCAACACAGAUGUCAUCAAAGACCCGAGCGAAGUCUACGAUGUCGGUACUUUCUGCCAGAUCACCGGAGCCUUCCCCGCUGGACACGGCGACGAAAAGGCCCUCCAGGCUGUCCUCUACCCUCACCGCAGAAUCAAGCUUACCGAGUUGAUGCCCNCCAAGAAGGGUGAGACGACCACUACCACCGAAGAAGCUCCUGCUGUUGCCACCGCUACCAUCGAAGCUGCCGAGAAGCCCGAGACCGACGUCGAGUCCAAGGGUGACGUGACUGCCAGCUUCGAGGAAUCUCACGUCGAGGCUCCUGGCGAGAAGAAGCAGGUCGCCCAGUACGAGCCUACUGACUUCCUCAAGACAUGGCAGGUCAGUCUGGUCAAGGUCGACAACCUCGCCGAUGAGCCCUUUGACAAGCGCGCUCCCACCAUCCGCGCCUUGAUCUCCGAGAUUGUCAAUACCUGCAAGGAGAUUGGCAGCGUCAACCAGCUCUUCCGCGAUCAUGUUUCCGCUUUCGCCAUGUCGCAGUCUGCCGCCAACAUCGCCGACGAACCCGCUAAACUCGCCGACUUCGCUGCUGCCGUUUCCGGUGGUGAGAUGGAGGAGGCCCAAGAAGUCCUCACCAGCCUGAACAUCGAGCAGAGACUCAGCAAGGCCCUUGAGAUCAUUAAGAAGGAAUACAUGAACGCACAGCUCAGUAGCAAGAUUAGCAAGGAUGUUGAGAGCAAGAUCCAGAAGCGUCAGCGCGAGUACUGGCUCAUGGAGCAGAUGAAGGGUAUCAAGCGCGAGCUUGGCCUUGAAAGCGACGGCAAGGACAAGUUGCUUGAGGGCUUCAAGGAGAAGGCUACCAAGCUGGCCAUGCCCGAGCCUGUCAAGAAGGUCUUCGAUGAGGAGAUCAACAAGCUCGCACACCUCGAGCCUGCUGCUUCUGAGUUCAACGUUACAAGAAACUACCUCGACUGGCUGACCCAGAUCCCCUGGGGCAAGCGCAGUGCCGAGACCUUCGGUAUCAAGAAUGCCAUGAAGGUGCUCGACGAGGAUCACCACGGUUUGAAGGACGUCAAGGACCGCAUUCUUGAGUUCAUCGCUGUUGGAAAGCUACGUGGCACUGUCGAGGGCAAGAUUCUGUGUAUGGUCGGCCCUCCUGGUGUCGGAAAGACCAGUAUCGGAAAGUCGAUCGCUCGCGCCUUGAACAGACAGUACUACCGCUUUAGUGUUGGUGGUCUGACUGAUGUUGCCGAAAUCAAGGGUCACCGUAGAACUUACGUUGGUGCCUUGCCCGGUCGUAUCAUUCAAGCCCUCAAGAAGUGUCAGACUGAGAACCCUCUCAUUCUGAUCGAUGAAGUCGACAAGAUUGGCCGUGGCCACCAAGGCGACCCUUCUUCCGCUCUUCUCGAACUCCUCGACCCCGAACAGAACAACUCUUUCCUCGACCACUACAUGGACGUUCCUGUCGAUCUCAGCAAGGUCCUCUUCGUCUGCACAGCAAACAUGACCGAUACCAUUCCUCGCCCGCUUUUGGACCGCAUGGAAAUGAUCGAGCUCUCUGGCUACGUUGCUGACGAGAAGAUGGCAAUCGCCGAGCGCUACCUCUCACCUGCUGCAAAGGACCUUUCCGGUCUCAAGGAUGUCGACGUCGAGAUUGAAAAGGAAGCCAUCGCCGAACUCAUCAACAAGUACUGCCGUGAGUCUGGUGUACGUAACCUGAAGAAGCAGAUAGAGAAGGUGUACCGCAAGUCUGCCCUCAAGAUCAUUCAAGAUCUUGGUGAGGAAGCCUUUGCCGAAGAGAAGGCGCUCACACCUGAAGGCAAGGAAGCACAAGAAGCAGCAGCAAAGGACACUUCGGACGUCAAAGAGACGCCUCAAGAUAUUGAGAAGGAAACAACGGAAACACCACGUGUGGCCCUCAACGUACCUUCAUCCGUCAACGUCCGCGUCACAAAGGACAACCUCAAAGACUACGUUGGCCCUCCAGUCUUCACCGCCGACCGUCUCUACGAGACCACUCCUCCUGGUGUCGCCAUGGGUCUCGCCUGGACAUCCAUGGGUGGUGCCGCCCUCUACGUCGAAACCAUCCUCGAAUCCGCACUAUCAGCACAAUCUCGUCCUUCCCUCGAACGCACCGGAAAUCUCAAGGCUGUCAUGAAGGAGUCAACCUCGAUCGCAUAUUCAUUCGCAAAGGGCUUCUUGGCUCAACGCUACCCCGACAACAAGUUCUUCGAGCAUGCUAGAGUGCAUAUGCAUUGUCCUGAGGGUGCUGUGCAAAAGGAUGGACCGAGUGCUGGUAUUACCAUGGCUUGCUCGCUCAUCUCGCUUGCCCUAAGCAGAAGUCUUGAACAGACUGUUGCCAUGACUGGUGAACUUACCGUUACUGGUAAGGUCCUUAGAAUUGGUGGACUCAGAGAGAAGACAGUGGCGGCGAGACGAGCGGGCGCUAAGAUGGUCAUCUUCCCCAAGGAUAACCUGAAAGGCAUCGAAGGCAAGCCAGUAGCCUGGUACAACGAGGUCUUUGACCUCGUUUUCCCCGGCGUCGACGCUAAAGCAGCAAACACCAUGUGGAAACAACAAUUAAAGAAGGAUAAGAAAGAAAAGAGAGAAAAGGAAGACAAGGAUAAAGAGUAUGACUCUGACUAG